AAUUAAUCAGAUAAAAGACCUAAAAAAAACACCAUGACAGAUUCCGAACAUGUUCGUCCGCUAGCUCCAGCGACCAUACUUCCGGUGAGCGAUGAAUCCGCCUCCAACAUCAAGAACACUCACCGUCGUAGAAACCGACUCAAAUGCUUAAUCUGCGUCACUGCAACAUCUUUAAUUCUAACCACGAUCGUGUUGACUUUAGUUUUCACGGUGUUCAGAGUCAAAGACCCGAUCAUAAAAAUGAACGGCGUAAUGGUCAACGGCCUAGAUUCAGUCACGGGGAUUAAUCAGGUCCAACUGUUGGGGACAAACAUCUCGAUGAUCGUUGACGUGUCGGUCAAGAAUCCAAAUAUGGCGUCGUUUAAGUACUCCAACACCACGACGGAUAUAUAUUACAAAGGAACGUUGGUGGGUGAAGCGCAUGGACUACCGGGGAAGGCGAGACCGCAUCGGACUUCGAGGAUGAACUUGACGGUUGAUAUUAUGAUUGAUCGGAUAUUAUCGGAUCCGGGUUUGGGUCGAGAAUUAAGUAGGUCGGGUCUUGUGAACAUGUGGAGUUACACUAGGGUUGGUGGUAAGGUAAAGAUAUUGGGGAUCGUGAAGAAGCAUGUGACCGUUAAGAUGAAUUGCACGAUGGCUGUGAACAUUACGGGCCAAGCGAUUCAAGAUGUCGAUUGCAAGAAAAAAAUCGAUCUUUGAGGUAUACGUUACAGGAUCGGUUACGUUUUCUUUCUUUAUGUUUUGUUUUGUUUUCCAACAACGUGAGAUGUGCGGAUUAAAAUCUUCGAUGACAGCAACGACAAUAGUAUUUACAUGUUCUAGUUGUUUUAAUGUAGACUUUAUGCCUUGGUUAACUGGUUAAUCAGACUAACUGGUCGAUUUAAAAAUUAAUCGUGUUGUAUAUAUUUUCUAAUCAAUCAUUCUGUCUUUU